UGUUUUGGAGUGUUUCUACUUUUCGCCAGUAGGGGGCAGUGUAGUAAAGCUCCGCCUGCGCUCUCGUUCUAAAAACGGAGAAGAAGAACUCUCAACACUCACUGGAGACUGCUGUUGAAUUAGAGGAAAACAAUGGCAAACGACAAGGAUCCUUUUACACAGCUGAAGGAUCUGGUGGAGCUAAAGGAUCAGCUAGAAGAUAUUCAGAAAAGAGUAGAAGAUGAGAUACAUGCUGGGAUUCCUCCGGGUGGCAGUCUCCUGGCUUCACCUUUCUUGAAGGGUUUUCUGGCUGGCUACGUCGUCGCUCGGCUCCGCAACUCUGCACUUUUAGGUGUGGCUGUAGGAACGUGUACCGGAGUCUAUGUGGCUCAGAAUUACGCCGUUCCUAACAUUGAAACCACAAUCAGGGACUACAUACGCAACCUUAAAGGACAAAAGUAAGAACAGAGGAGAAACAAAACAUGGAAGCAAAGAGUGCACAUAUGUCUGAAGGGGUUGUCCAGCCAUUUACUCUGAGGAUUCAAAAACGGUACAAGUUUUAGGCCUUUUUCUUAUUGUUUUGUUUCACUGAUUUAUGGCUAAAACUGGAACUUUUUUUAUUUGCCAUUUCCAUAAAAUCUUUUAUCCAA